UCUUAAUAUAAAACUUUCUUUCUUCUGCGUCUCCGGCCAAAACCUUUUCUCUCAGUCGACUGUCUCCGCACGGGACAUCCCAGUUCGUUUAGGUCUUCAUCACUUCUUCGGAGACCCUCUUUUCGGCUGUUCUUUCCCUUAUAUAUAUUCGUGUACUCAAACAGAUGGCGUUUAGAGGGCGUGGAUUUGGACGGGGAUUUGGACGGGGGGGUCGUGGAAAUUUUGGUACCCCGGAGCCUUUUAUUCUUUUCCCAGAAGAUGUACAGUUACCUGAUAUCAAUGAUAUCAAAGAGGAAAGGGCUUUAGUCAUUGCAAACAACAAAAUGCAGAGUUAUUGGAAAUCUUCUCCUUAUUAUCUAGAGAUGCCAACAAAGAGAAAAAGCGAAGAGAAUGAUAUCGAACGAUAUUCUGAUAGAAACAAAGCAAAUAAUCGAGCUAAACGUCUUUCUUUUGGACAUUUCCUAAAGCUUGAAGAUAGAUAUUUCCCUGCAGAGCUAUUUCAAGGUAAGAGAAAGGUGGAAUACAACCAAAGCAAAGGAUUUUCGCGUCAGAACAAAGACCAAAUGAAGCUUGACAAGUUUGACCUGUAUGAGAAUCUUGAAAGGAAGGCCGUGGAUCAAGAAAGUAAAGGUGGGAACGAAAAGAAGAAACAGAAUGAGAACGAGAACGAGAGUGACAAUGAAGAACCGGAGGAUGCGGAGGAAAGUGGCGAAGAGAGUGGGGAUGACUAUGAUAAGUUUGAAAAUCCUGACGACGAUGACGAUGAAUAUAAUCCGCCAGAAGAUGAUAAUCCUGAUGAUGACAAUGUUUAUGAAGAUUGAUGUUUCUCUGGUUGCAUCAAAAUCCAGUCUUUGGCAAAGUUGGGUAUCAAGUUUUGGCAACUUGGGUUUCGGCAAUUUAAGCUUAGGGAGUUCUGUCAUGGGAAAUUCAUGUUUUGGGCAGAGUUGGAACUACAUCGAGCUUUGGCACGUCUGACUUCUUGGUUAGAGGUCCUGGUAACUGAUUGUUGGUGAUUCACAUGGUGAAAAACAAAUUGUUACU